GCGGGAUUGAUGCAUUUUGAUGAUGACGACGACGUUACGGCAGUAACGGUGAUGGAAUGGCAAGUCUCGAUUGCACACGACAUCCUCCAGGCGCACGCCCAUCUUUCCUUUCUUCACGGGGCCUUCCUUUGCUUCCAUAAAGGAUCGUUGAGCCUCAAGCACGCCCACACCGCCGUCUUGUCAUACACGCUUCUGCUGGUGCUGCCGCUGUCGCUGUUGUGUCCUCGUUUGCUUUCGACGAUCAAGCCAGGCAUUUCUGCGCGCACAAGCAGCAUCAAAAAAUCUUGCCUAAUCACUUCUCAGUUCACCCCGGCGCGCAGCUCUUUGCACAGCAAGCCCAGGUAAGCAUAUCCACUCUUUAGGUCAUUGUACAUCAGCGAAUUAGUCAAGAUGCCGCGCACAGCCGAGACCGCGUCGUACCGCUUCAACCACACCAUGAUCCGUGUGAAGGACCCCAAGGCGUCUCUGCACUUCUAUUGCGACAUCCUUGGCAUGGACUUGAUUGACGAGCACAAUGCAGGUGACUUCACGCUCUACUUCCUCGGAUACCAGCACCAGAAAGUUGAAAAGCGCGGAGAGCGCGAGGCACUCCUCGAGCUGACCUGGAACCAUGGGACAGAGAACCAAGAGGGUCAAGUGUACGUCAACGGAAAUGAGCAGGAGAAGCAGGGCUUCGGCCACACAUGCAUCGCAGUUGAUGACCUGCAAACAGCUGUCAAGCGUUUCGACUCGAUGGGCGUCAAGUUCAAGAAGCGUCCCGAGGACGGCAAGAUGCGCCACAUCGCUUUCAUCUACGACCCUGACAUGUAUUGGGUGGAGAUCAUCGAAACCGGGACGGGCGGUACGGCAAAGUGAGCAGCUCGGGAGAAAAGCAGUGCACUCCACAUGUAGAAAUUUGCCGUACACACUUGUACACACUUGUCAUAUCUAAUUCUCUGCAAUGUUGCCACGUCAGCG